GUGUGUGUGUGGUAUUGUUGUUUUGUUAGCUGGAUCACACACUGCCAGUCUUUGUAUUUGCUGCUGAAACAAAAGCCAUUGUAGUUCACACAGUAGGGCUUUUUUCCAACCAACAAAACAGUCCCGGACUCAACCAAGCAGCGCCCAAUGACCCGUCCCAAGCACCGCCCACAGCUCCUCCCACGGCCCCACCCAAUUCCUAAUGCAAAACAGACUCCCACUUAUCAGGCUCCGCCCAAAGUCUGAUGCUGCCCCUCCCACCCGGAGAGAGGGAGAGAGGGAGGGAGAAAGAGGUGUAGAGUUGCCGAUGAGAGAGUGGGAGAUGUCUCAGAGGUGAAGACUGGGAGUUUUUUUUCCCCUGAAGUGGAUCUGAAGACGCUCAGUGUUUCCCUCAGAGUUUUCCGUCGUCAGCGUUUUUCCCCGAGAGCAGCAUUCCGACACGGCUGUCUCUCUCUCUCUCUGUCUUCCCGCGGGUGGAGAGUGGUACUCUGAUCCUCCAGAGCCCAGCUGGAGCAGCUGAGCUGCAUCUAGAACAUUCUCCAUUGCCUGGUUUCCGUCGCUGCCGCCGUAGAUGUUCCCAGUGAAGCAACCCUGGUUGUGUAAAGCCCUAGGUUGCUAUGACUGUUGUGUGCGUUGCCUUGGCGCCGUGCCCUAUGUGAGCCUGGCAGCUACCCUGCUGUGCUAUGCUGGGUUGGCGCUGUUCUGUGCCGGUGGGCACCAGGCACUGGCACACACCAGCACGCUCGUCCAGAUGCACUUCGCCCGCUCAGACCAGGACUACAUAGUGCUGGCCGACUUUAUUAAAUAUUUCCAGUAUGUGAUCUACGGUCUGGCAUCCUUCUUCUUCCUGUAUGGAAUCCUGUUGUUGGCGGAGGGUUUCUACACCACCAGCGCUGUGAAGCAAACCUUCGGAGAGUUCCGUAGUACACGAUGUAGCCGGUGCCUCAGCCUCACUUUCAUCACCAUGACAUACGUGUUCGCUGUGAUCUGGCUGGUGGUGUUUGCCUUCAGUACCAUCCCAGUCUUCUUCCUGUACAACAUGGAAGAAACGUGCCAUACUGUCAACAUCCUGUCUGAGACCACUGCCAGCAUCAACCAGCACGCCUGGGUCUGUAUGGACGCCCGCCAGUACGGACUGCUUCCCUGGAAUGCCGUGCCAGGCAAAGUGUGUGGAAUGUCAAUGGCCAACAUUUGUAAAACACCAGAGUUCUAUGUGACCUAUGACCUUUACAUCACUGCAUUCGCUGGAGCAGGAAUCACCCUGCUUGCCCUGGUCCUCUAUAUCGUGGCGACAACCUAUAACUACGCUGUUCUAAGGUUUCUGGGCAGGAAGGGAAUCCGUUGCUAGGCGCAGUGUUGCUAGGUGCAGUGUUGCUACGCAACGUGUCUCUUCUCUGAUUCGUACUGCUGCGCUUGCUGUUGUGUUGUCACGGCGACCAGGCCCGUGGGGAAAUGGCUGAGGAGUCUCAUGAAGCCCUCCAUCUGGAAAACACACCGGCUUGCACAAACACACAAACAAACAUGUAAGAAGAACACAAGAAUAA